AUGGCACCUGGCGGUGGACGGGACUUCAACUGCUCCUGGGAGCAUUGUGGAAAGUCUUUCAAUCGCAAGUCGGAUCUUUGCAGACAUUAUCGCAUACAUACCAACGAGCGACCCUACCACUGUACGGUAGAAAAUUGCAACAAGAGCUUUAUCCAACGGAGUGCAUUAACGGUUCAUUCUCGAACGCAUACUGGGGAAAAGCCUCAUGUUUGUGACCACGAGGGAUGCCAAAAAGCGUUUUCUGAUUCGUCAAGUUUAGCCCGACACAGGAGGAUUCACACAGGGAAGCGGCCUUACAUCUGUCAAGAACCGACCUGUGAGAGAAGCUUUUGCCGCAAAACAACGUUAACCAAACACCAACAUCGUUCGCACCCUCCAGGCACGGUGACUCGUCCGCCAUCCGAGGAUGCGACUUCUGAACAUUCCUACCAGGCGCCUGUUCCCGCCUCGUUACCGAAUGAUCAAUACCUUCUAGCCCAGCAACCUUACUACCCUCACGCUCAAACACCAUCUCAUGAUUUCUACCCGCCCCCGAGUCUUCCAAUAACGCCCGUUCCGGUGCAAGACGCGCCACCGAUUGUCACUCACAGCGUACCGGUUACAUCCCCCGUUGAUGUUCAACAAGCGCAUUACAUGCAACUUAUGCAGCAACGCUACGAUCCAACCCGCCAGGGAUAUAGUAUUCCACCAGAAUUUCAACAACCAUUCCCCCCUGUCCCCACGGUGGACGGGCACCCGCUGAUAGUCACCUAUCCUCAUAAUUUUCAAUAUAAACAACACCAAACUCGAAUUCUUAACCAACCCGAGGGGACUGACUGGGGCUUCUUGGGAGUGGGUUAAAUAAUAUUACGAGCACGUUCGAGUCCCUUAAGUAUCCACUAGCCUCUCGUGCAAUCAUUGUGCUUUGUCCUUGGGAGAUUCGCCAGGGAAAGGCCGGCAAAAAUCUUUAGUGUAAUUUGGUAGCGUCCCGCCUGGGAACGGUGAUACUAACCGUAUCGUGUGAUGACCUAUAACGAUAUACUUACGAGCGUUCCAAUUUGGACAGGUUGUUCGUCAACUAUUCCCGCAUGCGAGUUGAUUUUUUGUUUUCUAUUUUGGUUUUAUCUCUAUUCCUUUUUUCUUCUUUUUUUUUCUGUCUCUCGCAAUGCUUGUGACUGAUUAUAUCACUGCUCGUUUCUUCUGUCAUUUCUUGCAACCUCUGCGGCUUUUUGGAUCGAUUCCCCCUGUUUAAAAGGCUAAGGUGAGGCGUUUGUGAUACUUGAUACCUAAGAUGAUUUCUUGGCAAUCUUUGUGAUACGUGUUAGUCUUCAUUGCCGAUCUCGUCUGUGAUUUGAGGCUGGAGACUCCGACCCGGUUUGGGAGAUUGAGUCUGGUGUAUUUACUGAGGUCUAAUUAAUUUGAGAACUCUCUCUUUUCGCUCUUUCCUGAUUGACCCGAACGAGGCGAGGACCACGAUAUC